GUCAAAAUAUUGACGAAACUUUAAUUUUGCAGUUGUUUGUAUUGUAUUUUAAUUUCCUCGCUCUUUGCUAAAUUAUUUCAAUUUACAAUUAGUUUUUACCGCCACAGGUUAUUUUCAAAAUGAACACAGACAGCGACUCGUGGGAACCCCUUAGUAUGUGUUCCAGAUCGGUCACAAGAAGUAAAUACGAACGAAUGAACCCAGAAUCACAAAAAUGGUGGAAAAGGAUGUUCGAAAUAAUGGAAGAAAAGCUCAAAAUACCGCCAGAAAAACGUCCAGAAGUGAUAUCCCAAAUAUAUCCGAAAAAGCUGUUGGAAAGAAUACUCGACAUUGUGGAAUCAAAGCCAGAUCUCAAAAUUGAAGCCAAAAAAUACUAUUUGGCACAAAGUUCCGCAAGCCUCUACUCCUCGGAAGGAGUUAAACACUUCGGAAAGGGCGAAAGCUGCACCAGUUUCGUAGUAGGUCAGUAUAUCAUUAAGAGUGAGGUACCGAAAGAGACGGAAGAAGAGGAGGAAGAAGAAGAGUCCGAAGAGAUGUUGAAAGAAGGACAACAAGAAGAAGAAGAAGAGGAUAAAGAGGGUCCUAAAAGGUAUGAAAGACGAGAGACGGAACAAACUGUGGAAGUGUUGAAAGUCGAAUCUUGGGAAGAAACCGUGUCCAGUUUACCCUGCAAAUAUCACGCUCCGAGGAGUAUAGAAAUUGAUGAUAAAAAACACGAGGUGAUUGGUGAAGAAAAUCCGUACGUAAACUUUUUUAAACGUAGAGAGGAACGAGCAGCGGUCUGGAGAAUUUUGCCGCCGUUAUCUCUUGAUGAAAUGAAUUUAGCACAAAAGGCCAAAUAUUUAGUUAAUCAGAUAGCAACUGAAUUCAUUGACUGGCUUGAAAGAGAGGGCGGCACUGAAAUGAUACAUUUAGAUGUACCAACCCUGUUAUACAUGUUUCAAUUUAGUUUUGAAAUUGGUCAUGCUGCUAAUUCUUUACAAGUUAGAAUGAGAGAGAUGCCGAGUGUUACAGAACCUGUAGCCAGAGCCACUAAAAAUCUCAAGGCAUCGGAGAGAAAUACGUUACUGAGAAACAUAAGGGAAGAUAUAAGGAUGUCGAAGCUACCACCGAAGCAAAGAGCAUUUAAUAGCUCACUGCCGAUACAAAUGCGGCGCAAACCAAAUACAGAAGAUUUGUAUAACAAAUGGUUCGUCUGUAAACACGUUCCUCCCAAAUUAGCUGAUAUGACCAUAGUUUGGGAGGGCAUCACUCAUCUCAGGUCUGUCAGAGAAUUUGAAAAAUGGAUAAAUGAAAAAUAUCCAGAUCUCAUAGUGCCUGGUUUAGAGCAAACCAAACAACAAGAACAGAGGAUAGCUUAUAGUGAAUAAGAGUGAAGAAACUGUACGUAUAACUGUAAUGGGCAAGAGAACGAGUGCGCCUUUUUUUUAUAUUCAAAUCAGUUCGUAUGUUCUGUCGAUGGCUAAUGGAAAAGGAUAUGCCAGUUUUACCAGAGUAUCUAAAGAAGCAGGGGCUUCUUGAUUAUAA